UCCACUUGGAUUCUCUCUUUUGCCUUGCUCCUGUUGCUGGUGAUGCAUGCCUCCGGUGAGCCUAGGCAGCUUUUCCAGGUAUUGGAAGAGCAGCCUCCAGGUACCUGGGUGGGAACCAUUGCCACCCGGCCGGGCUUCACCUACCGCCUGAGUGAGCAACAUGCCCUUUUCUCCAUUAAUGCCACGUCUGGAGAGCUGCACACCCGGGCCACCAUUGACCGGGAGAGCCUGACCAGCGACGUGAUGGACCUGGUGGUGCUUUCCAGCCAGCCGACCUAUCCCAGCGAGGUGCGCAUCGUGGUGCUGGACCUGAACGACAACGCGCCUGUCUUCCCGGAUCCAUCCAUUGUGGUGACUUUCAAGGAGGACACAGGCAGCGGCCGACAGCUGAUCCUGGACACCGCUACAGAUGCGGAUAGCGGGACCAACGGUGUGGACCACAGCUCUUACCGCAUUGUGGGUGGUAACGAAGAGGGCCGCUUCCAGCUUAAUGUCACGCUCAACCCCAGUGGGGCAGGGGCCUUCCUGCAUUUGGUCUCGCGUGGGGGGUUGGAUCGAGAGGCCACCCCUGCCUACCAGCUGCUGGUGCAGGUGGAGGACAAAGGGGAACCUCGGAGGCGUGGAUAUUUACAGGUCAAUGUCACUGUGCAGGAUAUCAAUGACAACCCACCGGUUUUCAGUCAAACCCUCUACCAAGCUCGUGUGCCUGAAGAUGCACCGGUUGGAGCCAGCAUUCUUCAGGUGGCAGCAGCAGAUGCUGACGAGGGCACCAAUGCUGACAUCCGAUAUCGCCUGGAAGGAGCCGAAAGCGCUGGUGUGGAUGGAGCUGUGGCACUUCCUUUCGAGGUGGACCCAGAAAGUGGGAUCAUUCGCAUUCGGGAGGCACUGGACUAUGAGACCCGGCGGCAGUACUCCCUAACAGUUCAGGCCACAGACCGGGGCGUGCCAGCGUUAAGUGGCCGGGCUGAAGCGCUGAUUCGCUUGCUGGAUGUGAAUGAUAAUGAGCCCCGGGUGAAAUUCCGCUACUUUCCUGCCACCUCUCGUUUUGCCUCAGUGGAUGAAAAUGCUGCGCCUGGCACAGUAGUGGCAUUGCUGACUGUGAGCGAUGCUGAUUCUCCAGCAGCCAAUGGGAAUAUCUCAGUGUCCAUCUUGGGUGGGAAUGAGCAGCGCCAUUUUGAGGUCCAAAGCAGCAAAGUUCCCAAUCUCAGCCUUAUCAAAGUGGCAGCUGCCCUUGACCGGGAACGCAUACCCACCUAUAAUCUCACUGUGGCUGUGACUGAUAACUUUGGGGCUCCUCCACCAUCACCUGGUUCCCUCCCAUCUUCCCUGAGCCCUGAAGGAACUCUUCCUGCCCCAGUCAGCCGUUCCUCUGUUGCUAGUCUAGUGAUCUUUGUGAAUGAUAUCAAUGACCACCCUCCUGUUUUUGGGCAGUCCAUCUAUCAAGUGAAUAUCAGUGAAGAGGUACCCCCUGGCAGCUAUGUGCAAGGUCUGAGUGCUACAGAUCGUGAUUCUGGGCUGAAUGCCAACCUCAAAUAUAGCAUAGUUUCUGGCAAUGAGUUGGGCUGGUUUUGUAUUAGUGAGCACAGUGGCUUAGUCACCACCAAGAGCCCUGAUACCACUGGAGUUAGACCUCUCCUUGGAGUAUCUGGCCCAAACAUGGCAGCAUCUGGUGUGCUGGACCGGGAAGUAGCUUCCCAGGUGGUGCUGAACAUCAGUGCCCGAGAUCAAGGGGUCCAACCAAAAAUAUCCUAUGCCCAACUCAUAGUGAAUAUUUUGGAUGUUAAUGAUGAAAGGCCGCUGUUUAGCCAGCCAGAUGGGUAUCAUGUGUCAGUGGCAGAGAAUUCUCCUUCAGGAACAGAGUUGCUGGUCCUCACUGCUGUUGAUGGUGACUUGGGAGUUAAUGGGACUGUGCGCUACUCUUUGCAAGAAACUGAGCCAGGGGGGGUGGCAGGUGGCCCUUUGGUAGCUACAUGGAGGAUUUUCCGCUUGGAUCCUAUCUCAGGACGACUCAGUACAAUUUCACUGUUAGACAGGGAAGAACAAAAUUUUUACUCAGUGCAAGUGCUAGCCACCGAUAUGGGCUCUCCUCCCCUGUCCUCAGUGGCUCAAGUCAAUGUGAGCUUGCUUGAUGUAAAUGAUAACAGCCCCCUGUUCUACCCUGUCCAGUACUUUGCCCAUGUCCAAGAAAAUGAACCACUAGGCAGCUAUGUUACCACUGUGUCUGCCAGUGAUCCUGACCUUGGACUGAAUGGGACAGUCAGGUACAGCAUCUCACUGGGAGAUACCUCCAGGUUUCAAAUUCAUAGUCAGACAGGAGUGAUUACCACAAAAACGGUUCUAGAUAGAGAAGAGAGGACUGCUUACCAACUACAGGUGGUGGCCAGUGAUGGUGGCAAUCUCCAGUCCCAAAACCAGGCCAUAGUAACAGUCACUGUUUUGGAUACUCAGGAUAAUCCACCAGUAUUUGGCCAGGACAUAUAUAGCUUUGUGGUGUUUGAAAAUGUUGCCCUAGGUUAUCAUGUAGGCAGAGUUUCUGCAUCCACUAUGGACUUGAACACCAACAUCACUUACCUUAUCACAACAGGAGACCAAAGGGGGAUGUUUGAAAUUAACAAAGUGACAGGCUUGAUCACUACAGCUAGUGUUAUUGAUAGGGAAGAGCAAGCCUUUUACCAACUGAAAGUGGUGGCAAGUGGUGGAGUGAUCACUGGGGAUGCCUUGGUUAAUAUAACUGUCCGAGAUCUAAAUGACAACUCCCCCCAUUUUCUUCAUGCAGUGGAAACUGUUGAUGUGGUAGAGAACUGGAGUACUGGGCACACCAUAUUUCAAGCCAAAGCUGUAGACCCUGAUGAAGGUGUCAAUGGCAUGGUCCUUUACAGUCUAAAACAGAAUCCUAAGGACCUUUUCAGUGUCAAUGAGCAAAGUGGUGCCAUCACUUUAACUGGGCCGCUGGAUAUAAAUGUUGGGUCUUACCAAGUGGAGAUUCUUGCUUCUGACUUGGGAGUCCCACAGCGUUCCUCUAGCUUCAUCCUAACCAUUUCUGUUCAUGAUGUAAAUGAUAACUCACCAGUGUUUGACCAGCUUUCCUAUGAAAUCACUAUUUCUGAACUGGAGCCUGUGAACUCUAGAUUCUUUAGUGUGCACGCUUCUGACAAGGACUCAGGCGCAAAUGGAGAAAUAGCUUAUAACAUAAUUGAAGGAAAUAUUGGAGAUGCCUUUGGCAUAUUUCCAGAUGGUCAGCUGUACAUAAAGAGUGAGCUGGACCGUGAACUUCAGGAGAGAUACAUGCUGCUGGUUUCAGCUUCUGAUAGAGCUGUAGAGCCACUCAGUGCCACGGUGAAUGUCACUGUAAUUCUAGAAGAUGUAAAUGAUAACAGACCGUUGUUUAACAGUACCAAUUAUGUUUUUUAUUAUGAGGAAGAGCAGAGUGGCGGCUCAUUUGUGGGUAAAAUAAGUGCUGUCGACAAAGAUUCUGGGUCUAAUGGAGAAGUCAGAUACUCAUUUGAACACAUGCAGCCUGAUUUUGAAUUGAAUGCAAUCAGUGGGGAAAUAAAAAGCACCUAUCAGUUAGACAGGGAAGCCCUUAUGAGGCAAAGGGGAGCUGCUGUGUUUACAUUUACAGUCAUUGCAACAGAUCAAGGGUUGCCAAAGCCUUUAAGGGAUCAGGCAACAGUGCAGGUUUAUUUGAAGGAUAUAAACGAUAAUGUGCCAAAAUUUUUAAAAGAACUUUAUCAAGCUACAAUAUCAGAAUUAGCUGCAAAUCUGACACAGGUAUUAAGAGUUUCAGCCUCAGAUGUUGAUGAAGGUAAUAAUGGACUCAUCCACUAUUCUGUAGUUAAGGGCAAUGAAGAAAACCAGUUUACAAUAGACAGUAACACUGGCCAGGUGACUUUAAUUGGUAAUCUAGACCAUGAAGCUACUGCAUCCUAUUCACUUACGAUUCAAGCAGUAGAUUCUGGGACAGUUCCACUAAGCUCAGUCUGUACACUGAACAUUGAAGUUUUGGAUGAAAAUGACAACAGUCCUUCUUUCCCUAAAUCAACUUUAUUUGUUGAUGUCUUGGAAAACAUGAGAAUUGGGGAACUGGUCUCUUCUGUUACUGCCACUGAUUCUGACUCGGGUGACAAUGCUGAUCUUCAUUAUAGUAUUACAGGGACAAAUAACCAUGGAACAUUUAGCAUCAGUCCCAAUACUGGCAGUAUUUUCCUCGCCAAAAAGUUGGAUUUUGAAACCCAGUCUAUGUAUAAACUAAACAUAACUGCAAAAGACAAAGGAAGGCCUCCUCAGUCAUCUACUAUGUCAGUUGUUAUAUAUGUCAGAGAUUAUAAUGACAACCCACCUCAAUUUCCACCUGGAGACAUUUUUAAAUCUAUUGUUGAGAACAUUCCUAUUGGGAGCUCUGUCAUUUCUGUAACUGCUCAUGAUCCAGAUGCAGAUAUUAAUGGGCAGUUAGCAUAUACUAUAAUGCAGCAGAUGCCAAGAGGGAACCAUUUCCGUAUUGAUCAUGUCAAAGGAACAAUAUAUACCAAUGCUGAAAUAGACCGUGAAUUUGCUAAUCUCUUUGAAUUAACAGUGAAAGCCAUUGACCAAGCUGUCCCUGUUGAAUCUAGAAGAUUUGCUUGGAAGAAUGUCACAAUUCUGGUAACUGACCAGAAUGAUAACGUUCCUACUUUUCUAUCACAAAAUGCACUUGCUGCAGAUCCUUCUAUUGUGAUUGGUACAGUCCUAACUACAAUUGUUGCUGCUGAUCCUGAUGAAGGGGCAAAUGGAGAGGUCGAAUAUGAAAUAAUUAAUGGGGACACAGAUACCUUUGUUGUGGACCGCUACAGUGGAGAACUAAGAGUAUCAUCGGCCUUAGUGGCAUCUCAACUUAUGUACAGCUUCAUAGUUUCCGCCACCGAUCUUGGCCCUGAGAGAAGAAAGUCAACCACAGAGAUGACUGUGAUUCUACAAGGACUUGAUGGGCCUGUUUUUACUCAACCAAAAUAUAUUACCAUUUUAAAGGAAGGUGAGCCUAUUGGGACCAACGUGAUAUCCAUAGAAGCAGCUAGUCCUAGAGGCACUGAAGCACUUGUGGAAUAUUUCAUAGUCUCAGUGCGUUGUGAAGACAAAACAUUUGGCCGACUCUUUACCAUUGGGCGUCACACUGGUGUGAUCCAGACAGCUGCUAUUUUGGAUAGAGAACAAGGAGCCCGCCUAUACCUGGUGGAUGUUUAUGCCAUUGAAAAAUCUGCUGCUUUGCCACGUACCCAGAGAGCAGAGGUGGAAAUAACUCUCCAAGAUGUCAAUGACAAUCCACCAGUAUUUCCUACAGAUAUGCUUGAUCUGACGGUUGAAGAGAAUAUAGGAGAUGGGUCUAAAAUAAUGCAGCUGACAGCCAUGGAUGCUGACGAGGGUGCAAAUGCUUUGGUCACUUACACUAUCAUCAGUGGUGCGGAUGACAGCUUUCACAUUGAUCCAGAAUCAGGAGAACUGAUAGCAACUAAGCGUUUGGACCGAGAACGCCGCUCCAAAUAUUCUCUGCUGGUUCGUGCUGAUGAUGGUCUGCAGUCUUCAGAUAUGAGAAUAAAUAUUACCAUUAGUGAUGUUAAUGACCACAUACCCAAGUUCUCCAAACUAUGGUAUUCUUUCGACAUACCAGAAGAUACCACUCCAGGUUCUUUAGUGGCAGCCAUCUUAGCUACUGAUGAAGAUUCAGGUGUAAAUGGAGAAAUUACGUAUACUGUGAGUGAAGAUGAUGGAGAUGGAACAUUUUUCUUAAAUCCAAUCACUGGAGUUUUUAACUUAACUUGUUCUUUGGACUAUGAAGUUCAGCAGUACUACAUUCUUACAGUUCGUGCAGAGGACGGAGGUGGACAAGCCACUACUGAUAGAGUUUAUUUCAAUAUAUUAGAUGUAAAUGAUAAUUCACCUGUAUUUAGCAUGGCUUCUUACAGUACAUCUUUAAUGGAGGACCUGUCCCCAGGAUCUACAGUCCUUAUUUUCAAUGUUACCGAUGCAGAUGAUGGUUCUAACUCAGAAUUGUCCUACAGUAUUACUUCUGGAGAUAGCUUAGGCCAAUUUAAUAUUGACAAAAGUGGAAUUCUGAGCAUCAAGCAGCCGUUGGACCGCGAAAGUCAGUCUUUCUACAGCCUUAUUGUUCAAGUUCAUGACAUGGCUUCCCCACCAGCCUUCCGAUACACAAGCACAACUCAAGUUUCUAUAAUUCUGCUUGAUGUGAAUGAUAACCCUCCAAGUUUUAUCUCUCCUAAGCUGACCUAUAUUCCAGAAAAUACACCUAUUGAUACUAUUGUAUUCAAGGCCCAAGCAACUGACCCUGACAGUGGUCCCAACAGCUACAUUGAGUAUAAUCUGUUAAAUCCUUUAGGAAACAAAUUCAGCAUUGGUACUAUUGAUGGAGAAGUAAGACUCACUGGAGAACUUGACAGAGAAACAGUUUCUAACUAUACCUUGACUAUAAUUGCCACGGACAAAGGUCAACCAUCUCUCUCUUCAUCCAGUGACAUUGUUGUGAUCAUCCUUGACAUUAAUGAUAAUAGCCCUGUCUUCGCUCAAAAAUUAUACAAAAUUGAGAUUGUAGAAAAUACUUUGACUGGAACAGAUGUAGUCGAGGUAUUUGCAGCAGAUGGAGAUGAGGGUUCUAACGGGCAAGUUCGCUAUGCCAUCAUCAGUGGAAAUACUCACACGGCGUUUCGGAUUGAUUCUGUCACAGGGGUGAUAACAGUGGCUAAACCAUUGGACCGAGAGAAAAUUCCUUCAUAUUCACUGACAGUACAGGCAGCUGAUCGUGGUAGCAGCCCAAGGACUGAUACAGCUACCGUCAACAUUAUUCUGUUGGAUGUUAAUGACUGUAUUCCUACAUUUGAGCUCUCCCCCUACUCUGUAAAUGUCCCAGAAAAUGUGCAAAGAUUACCUAAGGUCAUUCUUCAGGUUGUAGCGAGGGAUGAUGAUCAAGGCCUAAAUAGCAAACUGACCUAUCUUCUUGUUGGUGGAAAUGAAGAUGGAGCCUGUACACUCUCAGCUAAUGGGGAGCUCCACCUUGUGCAAAGCUUAGACCGAGAAAAAAAGGACCAUUAUAUCAUGAUAGUCACAGCAACAGAUUCAGGAAGUCCUGCCCUUACUGGUACUGGUACUAUUACUGUCAAAGUAGAUGAUGUCAAUGACAACGUUCCCAAAUUUGCCUUUAAUAUAUAUUCUAAAACCAUUCCGGAAGAUGCACCUACAGGGACGGACGUUUUGCUUGUGAAUGCCUCAGAUUCUGAUGCUUCAAUGAAUGCUAUCAUAAGCUAUAGUCUUACUGGUGGAAAUUCACAGUUCACAGUCAACCCUUCCACUGGCCAGAUCAUCACAAGUGCUGUAUUGGACAGAGAAGCUAAGGAGAAUUACACUUUGAUCAUUGUGGCAAAGGAUGGUGGUUUUCCAAAGCCUCUUUCCAGUUCUGCUAGUGUUCUUGUCACUGUUGCAGAUAUCAAUGACAAUCCCCCCAAAUUUCAGCAUCAUCCUUAUGUCACCCAUAUUCCCUCACCAACAAGUUCAGGUACCUUUGUAUUUGCUGUAACAGUUACAGAUGCUGAUGUUGGACCUAAUGCUGAGCUGCACUAUUCACUUUCUGGAAAGCAUUCUGAGAAAUUUCACAUUGAUCCAACACGAGGAGCUAUUAUGGCUGCUGACCGACUCUCUGGGACUUCUGAAAUGACCUUUACUGUGAAUGUGAAAGAUGGCGGCUUGCACCCAAAGACAGAUUCCACAACCGUGACUGUAAGAUUUGUGAACAAAGUAGAUUUUCCUCAAGUUCAAGCUGAACAGCACAGUUUCAUGUUUCCUGAAAACCAAGCAGUUGGCACCUUUGUCACUUCCAUUUCCGGACUGUCAUCCAGAGGCGAUUCCUUAUCUUACUAUAUUGCUAGUGGUAAUCUUGGCAGCACUUUUCAGAUUGACCAACUAACAGGGCAAUUCUCCAUCAGUCAUCCUUUAGAUUAUGAGGCAAUACAGAAGUAUGUUGUCUGGAUUGAAGCAAGAGAUAUGGGCUUCCCUCCAUAUUCUUCAUACGCCAGAUUAGAAAUAUCAGUGGUGGACAUAAAUGAUAAUGCACCACUAUUUGAAAGAGAUCCUUUCAUUGCUGAAGUACUAGAGAACCUUUCACCUUCUAAAAUAAUUACUGUAACUGCAGUGGACAGGGACAGUGGCCCAAAUGGACAGCUAAAGUAUGAAAUAGUCAAUGGCAAUAUGGAAAACACUUUCAGUAUCCAUCAUUCCAGUGGGGAAAUCAGAAGCGUCAGACCUUUGGACAGAGAAAAAGUGGCCCAGUACACACUGACCAUAAAAGCUUCUGACAGAGGUACUCCUGUUCAGAGUACAACUGUUCAGGUAAUUAUUAAUGUGUUAGAUGAAAAUGAUAAUGCACCCAAGUUUUCUCAGAUAUUCAGCGCUCUUGUACCUGAAAAUGCACCAUUGGGCUACACUGUUGCACGGGUCACAACAUCAGAUGAAGAUAUUGGACUAAACGCUAUCAGCAGGUAUUCACUAAAGGAUACAGAUAUACCAUUUGUCAUAAAUCCCAAUACAGGGGACAUAACAGUUAGCAGACUUCUAAACAGGGAAGAUACUGAUCGAUACAGAAUCAGAGUUUCAGCACAUGACUCUGGAUGGACAGUCAGCACAGAUGUCACCAUAUUUGUAACAGACAUCAAUGACAAUUCCCCAAGAUUUACAAAACCAUCCUAUUACUUGGACUGUCCUGAACAUAAUGAAGUUGGAGCAAGGGUAACCCAGAUAUCUGCAACCGAUCCAGAUGAAGGAUCUAACGGGCAAGUCUUCUAUUUCAUAAAAUCUCAAUCAGAGUUUUUUCGGAUCAAUGCUUCUACAGGGGAGAUUUUCAAUAAGCAACCUUUAAAGUUCCAAAACUCCAGUGGCUCUAGUAACGUCAAUCUGAAUAGACACAGUUUUAUAGUUACCUCCUCAGAUCGAGGCAACCCUCCUUUGCUGAGUGAGACCACUGUCACAAUCAACAUCGUGGACAGUAAUGACAAUGCACCUCAGUUUAUCUCAAGUCAGUAUUUUACACCUGUUACUAAGAAUGUAGCUGUGGGGACCAAACUUAUUAAAGUGACUGCAGUUGAUGCUAAAGACUUUGGUCUGAAUUCGGAAGUGGAAUACCUUAUUGCAAAUGACAAUCUAACCAGUAAAUUUAAUCUGGGUAGCAACACAGGUUGGAUUUCAGUAGCUUCCUCGCUCAUGAAUGAUAUGAAUAAAACUUUUCAAAUAAAAGUAAAAGCUAAGGACAAGGGUAAUCCUCCUCUCUCAUCAGACGCAACUGUGCAGAUAGUGGUAACAGAGGAGAAUUAUCAUACUCCACAGUUCUCUCAAAGUCAUAUGAGCAUCACUGUUCCCGAGAGUCAUGCGGUGGGAACUGUUCUUAGGACUGUGUCAGCAAGGGACAAAGAUGCUGCUAUGAAUGGAUUAAUCAAGUACAACAUUUCUUCUGGCAAUGAAGCUGGACACUUUGCAAUUAACACAUCUACUGGUGCAUUAAGACUUGCCAAGCCCCUCGAUUACGAGGUAUGUCAAAAGCAUGAGAUGACUGUUAGUGCUGUAGAUGGAGGAUGGGUUGCUAGAACAGGGUACUGUACCGUCACUGUGAACGUUAUUGAUGUGAACGAUAAUUCUCCAGCUUUUAGUCCUGAGGACUACUUCCCAAGUGUUUUAGAAAAUGCUCCUAGUGGGACAACUGUUAUUCGUCUCAGUGCAUCUGAUGCUGAUUCCGGACCUAAUGCUGUGAUUGCCUAUGCAGUUCAGUCUUCAGACAGUGACCUGUUUGUUAUUGAUCCCAAUACUGGAAUUAUCACCACACAAGGCUUUUUAGAUUAUGAAACAAAACAGAGCUAUCAUUUAACCAUAAAAGCUUUUAAUGUUCCGGAUGAAGAGAGAUGCAGCUUUGCAAAUGUCAACAUUAAUCUAAAGGGCACAAAUGAGUAUGUGCCACGAUUUGUAUCCAAGCUUUACUAUUUUGAAGUUUCUGAAGCAGCUUCUAAAGGCACUGUUAUAGGAGAAGUCUUCGCAAGCGACCGUGAUAUGGGGACCGAUGGGAAAGUUCAUUAUCUGAUCUUUGGCAACAGCAGAAAAAAGGGUUUCCAGAUUGAUGGCACCACUGGGCAGAUUUAUGUGACAGGUCCUCUGGACAGGGAAAAAGAAGAAAGAAUCUCUCUGAAGGUACUUGCAAAAAAUGCAGGAAGUAUUCGUGGUGCAGAUAUAGAUGAAGUUGUUGUGAAUAUCACUGUACUAGAUGCCAACGACCCCCCUGUUUUCAGCUUGGAUGUCUACAGUAUACAAAUCAGUGAAGGUGUCCCUACUGGAACACAUGUCACCUUUGUAAGUGCCUUUGACUCUGAUUCACUCCCUAGCUGGAACAGGUUCUCUUAUUUUAUUGGUAAUGGGAACAACAAUGGUGCCUUUUCUAUUAACCCCCAGACAGGGCAGAUUACAGUGACUGCAGAACUGGAUCGGGAAACACUACCUAUGUACAAUCUGUCUGUUCUAGCAAUUGACUCAGGAGCCCCGUCAGCUACAGGAAGUGCCUCAUUAUUGGUAACUUUGGAAGAUAUAAAUGAUAAUGGACCCAUUCUUUCUACCACUGAAGGAGAAAUAAUGGAAAACAGCAGAGCAGGAACGCUUGUGAUGACACUUCAGUCAUCUGACCCUGAUUUUCCUCCAAAUCAAGGCCCAUUUUUUUAUUAUUUGCUUAGCACUGGUACAGCAACCAAUUAUUUCAGUCUCAGCACUGCUGGGGUUUUAACCACAACUAGAGAGAUUGACAGAGAACAAAUCUGUGAUUUCUCUUUGUCAGUGAUUACAAGAGACUCAGGCAUUCCCCAGAUGUCUUCCACAGGAACUGUACACAUAAAAGUAAUAGACCAAAAUGAUAACCCAUCCCAACCUAGAACAGUAGAGAUCUUUGUUCAUUAUUAUGGCAAUCUGUUCCCUGGAGGAACAUUAGGCAAUGUAAGACCUCAGGAUCCAGAUGUUUUAGACAGCUUUCAGUGCUCUCUUACAUCAGGAGUUACAAGCCUCUUCAAUAUUCCACCAGGCACUUGUGAUUUGAAUUCCUUGGCAAGGUCCACAGAUGGGACAUUUGAUUUGACAAUCCUAAGUGAUGAUGGGUUACAUAAUUCAGUUACUAGUAGUGUUCGAGUUUUCUUUACAGGAUUCAGCAAUGCCACCAUUGAUAACAGCAUUCUUCUUCGCCUUAGCCUUCAGUCUUUGAGAGAAUUCUUAACAAAUCACUACCUUCAUUUUCUACGAAUUGCCAAUUCACAGUUGACUGGAUUAGGAACUGCUGUUCAACUCUAUGGGGCUUACGAAGAGAACAAUAGGACUUUUGCGAUGGCAGCUGUGAAGCGCGGUAACUACCAGUAUGUGAACCGUGGUGGCGUAACUACGUUCUUUGAAAGCAUCAAAGAAAUCCUCUUCCGUCAAAGUGGUGUCCGAAUAGAGUCUGUGGAUCAUGACUCAUGUUUACAGAACCCUUGUCAAAACGGUGGUAGCUGUUUGAGAAAACUAGGUGUGAGUCCCAGGUUAAGGAGCUAUGACAGCAUCCCAGUUAUUAUUGUGGCAAAUGAACCUCUUCAGCCUUUUACAUGCAGUUGCCUGCCGGGAUAUGAUGGAAGACUUUGUGAAAUGGACAUAGACGAAUGUCUCCCAUCCCCUUGCCACAAUGGUGGGACUUGCCAUAAUUUAGUGGGAGGUUUCUCUUGCAGCUGUUCCAGUGGUUUUACCGGUAUGGCCUGUGAAAGAGAUAUCAACGAGUGCCUGUCCAGCCCUUGUAAAAAUGGUGCGCUCUGCCAGAACUUCCCAGGAGGCUUCAACUGUGUUUGCAAAACUGGUUAUACAGGGAAAAUCUGUGAGUCCACUGUCAAUUACUGUGAAUGUAACCCUUGUUUCCAUGGAGGAUCUUGUCAGAAUGGAGUGGAAGGUUACUACUGCCACUGUCCAUUUGGUGUUUUUGGGAAGCACUGUGAAGUAAAUAGCUAUGGAUUUGAAGAACUAUCUUACAUGGAGUUCCCCAGCAUGGAUCCGAACAACAAUUAUAUUUACAUAAAGUUUGCAACUAUCAAAAGCAAUGCUCUAAUGCUAUAUAAUUAUGACAACCAGACAGGAGAUCGGGCAGAAUUCCUAGCUCUUGAAAUAACAGAAGAGAGGCUAAGAUUCUCAUACAACCUUGGCAGUGGCACAUAUAAACUUACCACAGCAAAGAAGGUGUCUGAUGGACAAUUUCACACUGUUAUUGCUCGGAGAGCUGGAAUGGCAGCAUCCUUGACUGUGGAUUCAUGCGCUGAAGAACAGGAACCUGGCUAUUGUACUGUUAGCAAUGUGGCUGUAUCUACUGACUGGACUCUUGAUGUGCAGCCAAACAGAGUCACCAUAGGAGGUAUCCGAUCACUACAGCCAAUACUUCAAAGAAAAGGACAGGUGGAGAGUCACGAUUUUGUGGGUUGCAUAAUGGAAUUUGCAGUUAAUGGACGUCCAUUAGAACCCAGCCAGGCACUAUCAGCUGAAGGAAUUUUAGAUCAGUGUCCUAGAUUGGAAGGAACCUGUGCUGUUAAUCCUUGUCAGCAUGGUGGCACAUGCAUGGAUUUUUGGUCUUGGCAGCAGUGUCAUUGCAAAGAAGGACUGACAGGGAAACACUGUGAAAAACACAUUACAGCUGACACUGCCUUGUCAUUAGAAGGCAAAGGUCAUCUUGACUACCACAUAAGACAGAACAGGAGGUGGGAAUAUAUGAUGAGAUAUAGCACUGAAAAUGCUAUUUUGGAGUUCCAAACUGUUGAUCGUAUAGAAGUGAAAUUCAGGACAAGGAGUAAAAGUGGAGUUUUAAUCCAUGUCCAGGAAAGCAGCAAUUAUACUACUGUGAAGAUUAAAGGUGGCAAAGUACAGUAUGUCUCUGAUGCUGGAAUUGGUGGAAAGGUAGAAAGAAGCAUCCCUGAAGUUUAUGUUUCUGACGGCCAUUGGCAUUUUGUCUUCCUUGAAAAGAAUGGAACUUCCACAGUACUUACAGUUGACAAGACCCACAGCAGAGACAUUGUGCAUGUCACGCAAGAUUUCGGAGGACCAAAUGUUCUUACAGUUUCUCUUGGUGGAAUUCCACCUAACAAAGCCUCCAGAAACAGUGAUCCAGAUUUUGAUGGCUGCAUUGCUUACCUGAAGUAUGGUGAAGAAAGCCUUCCCUUUAUAGGAAAACACAGCCUUGCUACCAUAUCUAGAACAGACCCUUCAGUGAAGAUUGGCUGUCGAGGGCCCAAUAUCUGUGCCAGUAAUCCCUGUGUGGGAGAAUUAAUGUGCAUUAACCAGUGGUAUACUUACAAGUGUGUGCCUCCUGGAGCCUGUGCCUCCAGCCCUUGUCAGAAUGGUGGCAGCUGUGAACCUGGUGAAAAGUCUGGAUUUAUCUGCAGCUGUCCCGAAUCGUACACUGGAAGAAUAUGUGAGACAGUAGUUGCUUGCCUUGGUGUUAUGUGUGCCCAGGGGCAUGCAUGCAAAGCAGGAAUUAAUGGAGGCCAUAUAUGUGUCCCUCAGCCUUAUCCAGCAGAACUGUCUCUGCCACUAUGGGCUGUUCCCGCCAUUGUUGGCAGCUGUGCUACAGUGCUGGCUUUGCUUGUGCUUAGCUUGAUCCUAUGCAAUCAGUGCAAAGGAAAGAAGGCAAAAGUGCCAAAAGAAGAAAAGAAAACAAAGGAAAAGAAAAAGAAGGGGAGUGAGAAUGAUGCUUUCGAUGACCCUGAUAAUAUACCUCCUUAUGGUGAUGAUAUGACUAUCCGGAAGCAGCCUGAAGGAAAUCCUAAACCUGAUAUAAUUGAAAGAGAAAACCCUUACCUCAUCUUUGAUGAGACGGAUAUACCACACAACACAGAGACUAUACCGAGUGCCCCUCUAGCUUCUCCUGAACCAGAGAUAGAGCACUAUGACAUUGAUAACGCAAGCAGCAUAGCUCCUUCAGAUGCAGAUAUUAUUCAGCACUACAAGCAGUUCCGAAGUCAUACACCUAAAUUUUCCAUCCAGAGGCAUAGUCCUUUGGGGUUUGCCAGACAGUCACCUAUGCCCCUCGGAGCAAGCAGCUUAACAUAUCAGCCUUCAUAUAGUCAAGGUCUAAGGACAACUUCCUUAAGUCAUUCAGCAUGCCCUACACCCAAUCACCUUUCACGUCACAGCCCAGCUCCCUUUUCCAAAUCAUCAACUUUCUACAGAAACAGCCCAGCAAGAGAAAUGCAUCUUUCCAUAAGAGAAGGGAGCUCCCUGGAGAUGCAUAAUGAUGUUUGUCAACCAGGCAUUUUUAACUACCCCACAAGACUAGGGAGAAGAAGCAAGAGUCCUCAGAUGAUGGCAACUCAUAGCUCCAGGCCAGGAAGUCGCUUAAAGCAACCAAUAGGGCAGAUUCCUCUAGAGAGUGGCCCUCCUGUAGGACUUUCCAUUGAAGAAGUGGAGAGGCUUAACACACCACGUCCCAGAAAUCCGAGCAUCUGUAGUGCUGACCAUGGAAGGUCUUCUUCUGAGGAGGACUGCAGAAGGCCACUGUCAAGAACACGGAAUCCAGCUGAUGGAAUUCCUGCUCCAGAGUCAUCAUCUGACAGUGAUUCCCAUGACUCUUUUACAUGUUCUGAGAUGGAGUAUGACAGGGAAAAACCCAUGGUGUACAGCUCUAGAAUGCCCAAAUUAUCUCAAGUUAAUGAAUCGGAUGCAGAUGAUGAAGACAAUUAUGGUGCUAGGCUGAAGCCUAGGAGAUACCCAGGCCGCCGGGGAGAGGGUGGUGGACCUGUAGGCGCACAAGCCAGCACACCUGCCAUUCAUGACAACACAUCGCCUUCAAAACUUGGGCCACAAGGAGGGAACUUCAACUGGGACAGCCUUUUGAACUGGGGGCCAGGAUUUGGGCAUUAUGUCGAUGUUUUUAAAGAUUUAGCAUCUCUUCCAGAAAAGACAGCACCAAGUGUAAAUGAGGAGCGCAAAAAUGGUACAACACAACCAAAAGAUGGGGAAGCUGAACAGUAUGUAUAGGACUUCUGUACUGAGAUUGUAAAAAUGCAAAGAAGUGGAACAUUCAAGCCAUUCAGUUGUUAUGGAUAGGAGAAGAGCAGAUUUCUUUCUUUUUUUACCCAGGGCCAGUGGUUAGGAUACAUUGUAAAAAUAAUCACCAUUAUGCUGCUGAAAUGGACGAUGCAUUUUUGUUGUUUAAUUUAACUGGGAUUAGUUCCAUUUGUUUCUCCUGCAUGCAUUAUAUUUCCAAACAAGAUAUUUGGCAUGCGGCCUUUGAAAAUAAAUUUCUAUAUUCCGUGUUUGGUUUGUGAUUUUUAAAUUAAUAAUGAUCAUUUCUAUUAAAUGAAAAAGGACAUGAAAUGGUUUAUUGUGAAGAGUGUAUUUGUACCCAGUUUUUUAAAUGUGGUUCUGAAAUGGAAGUAUGUGUUUUGUGGGAGGUAUUUGAAGCAAUUCUGCAGACAAAUGAUGAUUGAAGUACAUUUUCAAGAGGAAUCUGUCAUAUUGGUUGCUUUAAGUGAUGCUGUUGGAUUAAUUUUGAAAACGUACUUCCUGUAUCCUGCGGUUGCUUAGAUCUGGAUACGUUAAUGAACGAUAAGCUUGAGUGAUUGCUGUAUUAACGUUCUCAAUACACCUGGUGCUAGAAACCAACUCAAGCUCAUCAGCACUUUAGGAUUUUAUUAUUUUUGACAAAGUUGUGUGAGAACUUCUGAAUUGUCUAUCCUUAUAUUCCCCAACCGACAGAAUUUCUAGUAGUGUGGAAACUGAUGGACAUUAGCAAACUGAAUGAACAGUCAGAUCUGUUGAACAGGCAGUUUGGGAUAUGGGCAAGGUGAGGCCAGAGAAAACAAGCCUUAUUAGUUCUAAAUUAAUCUCAGAUGGAAUACCAGCUUGGCAUGAUCUGUGCAAUAUCAGCAUAUCUGUUUUGCCAUUUGUAAAACUGAGAGGAGGGUGUUAUGACAAACCUACCUCACAGAGGGCCAUUGUGAGAACUGUUUGCCCCUAAAAGUGUUAGAAAGCCAUAGAGCACUGUCAUUUGGUAUUAUUGUGUUUACUGUUGUAAGCACUGCCUUGCCUAUAGGACCUUGGAGUGACCUUUUUUGUUUGUUUUUUGGCUGUGACACAGAAUGUUCUAUGACAGAAGUGUUUGAAAUUAAAAAAAUAUUUAUUGGAAAUAAAAACUAUUACACAUGGAACAGCAAAUGUCUUGUAAAAAUGCACAUAUUGUAUCAGUUAUGAAUGGCACAGGCAUUUCUGUUUCUUCCUUUUUAAAAUGUGUGAUAAAACCAAGGGGACCAAUUUUUCUCAAUGCUAGUUCAAUAUUUAAUGGGUAAAGUGGCAUUCUCCACAUGCAUGUGUUCACCAUUCAUUCCUGGUACAAUAUACAAAUAUUUUGUACUUAGAUGUGCAUAUUCAAGUACAAAAGAAAUCAUAAGAAAUGACUCAAUAAUGAAGGGAAACUCCAAGGUCCACAGACAGUAGGUGACUGUUGAAAAUCCUCACAUUUUAAAUCUGUUUUUUUUUGUAGAAAAACCCUGUGUUUCCAUGAGGCUUCUGUUGUACUAUGUAUUUAAAAAAAAGGAGGAAAAAAGUGGGAUGUUGGCAUGGUUCUCUUUCUGUCCUUCUGUCUUUCUCAGCUGUGUUUUUGGUAUCAAUAUUUUCCUAUACUGAAUCAUUUUCUUACUUUCAGGGAAAGUAAGAAAAGUAUUCCCUCUUUCUUUUUUUUACAUUUGUUACUUAUGUAACAUCCAUAUUUUCGCAUUUUGAUAAAAUUGUAACAUAACUGUAUGCUUUUUACGUGUAAAUGCCAAUAAUAGAAUUAAAAUAUUUAUUUAAAAUGUGUGGUGUGCAGCAGUGGAAACAGUGUGCUCAUCCUCAGUUACAACAUAAAAACCCAAAUCCUCUUGCCUAGUUAUACUGAUGUAGCACAAACAUUGCAAAGUUAAAAUCACCAUAGAUAUUAUCAGUUGCAUACUGAGUUGUAUGACUCAGUGUGCAACUACUAAUGUCUACUGUUAUUUCUUACAUUCUGGCAGUUUGCUCCAAAGGUUGAUACUAUUUGCAUAGCUGUGCAAGAGGAUUUUGGCCAGUUCUUUACUUUUCCAUUGUUCCACCAAAGAGCAUGUUCUUAGUCAUGCGUGCAGCAUAGGACAUGGGACAGAGGACGGGGGAGAGUAAGAAUACAACAAUUAUACUACAAGACAUGGAAUAAGUGAUUACAGUAUUUCUGAUUAACAACAGAGGAACUUUGGUGGACCUUGGAGCCAUAUUUUUGUGCCCCCACCUCCUGCCACAACCACAUCUUGCCCAGAAAUGGCUGAAGUGCCCAGAAAUACAAGCAACAACCCCCCCGAAAUGCUUCAGGAACCAGAGAAAGAUAGACUUUUGCUGAAACAUUUUUCCCAAAGCUAGAGGGUGGUUGAGCAGGUUGUAGGUCCCUGUAAACCACAGAAAUGGCCUUUGAGCCACAUGUGGUACAUGAGCUGCACUUCGCAUUCCCUGGCCUAUAGCUAGGCAUGGACGAAUAUGUUAUAUACACAUAUUUAAAAUCUUGUUCUUUCCACCCCAUUUGUAAUGCAACAUAUGAAUUUUGGUAAUGUCUUCCUUAAAAACAGCAACAACACAGAAUUCUCAACUAUCUGCACUGGCCAAAUUCAAUAGGUACAAUUGUUCCCAGUAUGGAAAAGAUGGAUGUUUUGCCUCUUAGUUAUUCUGUGUAUUUUUCAAUAAAAUCCUC